AUGGGAGGUGACUUUAAUACCUAUCUUCACCAUAAAGAAAGCUCUGAUUCUCUAAUUCUCGGACCUUAUUCUUCCUCUGAAAUGAUUGACUUUCAAGAAUUGGUUCAAGAGCUUUCUCUUUAUGAUCACCCUUUCUUUGGCCCUACCUAUACUUGGAGCAAUAAACAAAAAGAAAUGUAUAUUGCUAGAAAGCUUGAUAGAGUGUUGAUUAACACCCUCUGGGCUACUUCUUUUCAGAAUUCUUUUGUAGAAUUAACAGCCCCUGGCCCUUCAGAUCACUGUAUGGCUCUUACAUGGAUCAAUAAAGAGAUUCAAAUCAAUAGGCCUAAGCCUUUUAAAUUUUUCAAUUUCUGGUCUAAGCACCCUAAUUUCCUUGAACAUGUCCUCCAUUCCUGGCAGCAACCUUGUCAAGGAAACCCUAUGCAGAAAUUGUUUCUCAGGCUAAAACACCUAAAACCUUGCUUGCGAAAGCUUAACAAGGAUAGCUAUAGUGAUAUCUCUGCUAGGGUACGGCUUAAAAAGAUCGAACUGGAACAAAUUCAGAUAUCAACUCUUAAUGGAAACAAUUCUUUAGAUAAAGAAUUGUGUGUUCAUAAGGAGCUGAUUAAUUUAGAGGAAACUGAGUAUAUGUUCCUUAAACAAAAACGAAAGUCCAAUGGAUCAAAAAUGGAGACAAAUGCACCAAACUUUUUCAUUCUGCCAUAG